AUGCCAUCCAGAGGGCCUUCCAUCGAAAAGGUCGGUGCCGAGCACCACGACAACAACGACAACCUCGCCCACCUCGCCAACCAAGAGGAGCACGAGCUCGGCAAGUUCGAAUCCAUAAAGAGGUAUCCCUGGGCCUUUGCCUGGUGCCUCUUCUCCGUCUGGUGCGUCCUGCUCGUGUCUUUCGAGAACCAGGCCGCCGGCAACAUUAUCAGCGUGCCCGAGUUCCGCAAGGAUUUCGGCUACGAGUACGAGGGUAGCUAUGUUCUACACGCCAACUGGCAGAGCGCUUUCCAGGGCGCUCCCGUCGCAUCUGGUAUGAUUGGUGCUCUCGGAUGCGGUGCCGUCGCCGACUGGAUCGGCCGCCGCGCCGUCAUCAUCAUCUGCCUCGUCAUCUCCUACGGCGCCAUCACCAUGGAGUUCGUCGCCACCACCAACGAGCUCUUCUUCGGCGGAAAGUUCCUCAACGGCUUCGCCAUCGGCGCUCUCGCUUCCGUCACCGUGUCCUACAUUGGCGAGGUUGCGCCCCUCGCCCUCCGCGGCAUGCUCACCUGCGUCACGGGUCUCGCCUAUACCCUAGGGCCCCUCGUCGUCGCGCUCAUCGUCAACGACACGGGAACGUACGAGAACCGCUGGGCUUACCGUGCGGUUUUCUGCGCGCAGUACGGAUUUGCCGUCAUUGCUACUUUGUUUGUGCCAUUCAUGCCUGAAUCCCCUGGUGGCUCCCCCGGCGAGGAGGGCCAAAAGCGUCUCGCCGCCAUCAAGCAAACCCUCGACCAGGUCAAGGCCGAGACCGACGGCGCAACCUACCUCGAGUGCUUCCGCAAGUCGAACCUGCGCCGCACAAUCAUCUCGGUCAGCUUGCUGUGCAUCCAGUCCCUGUCCGGCAUCGUCUUCGCCGCCUCCUACUCCACCUACUAUAUGCAGCUGGCCGGGUACAGCACCGCCACGAGCUUCAAGCUCCAAAUCGUCCAGCAGGUCAUCUCCCUGGUCGGAAACGUCAUGUCCUGGUACCUGGUCGACAGGUUCGGUCGACGCAGCCUCUCUUUCUGGGGCCUCUUCGUCCUCAACAUCAUCCUCUGGCUCAUGGGCGGUCUCGCCGUGGACGGCAGCCCGGGCGCCAUCAAGGGAACCGUGGCCAUGAUUCUCAUCUACUGCUGGUGGUACAACGUCACCAUUGGUGCCACCGCGUACACUGUUCUAUGCGAGGUGUCCACUUCCCGCCUGCGAGUCAAGACCAUCGCCAUCGGCAUGACUCUCCAGUACGGCCUCAACAUGAUGUGGAGCUUCGUCCUGCCCUACCUCUUCAACCCGGACAAGGCCAACCUCGGUGCCAAGCUGGCCUUUAUCUUUGGCGGUCUGGCCAUCCUGUCGCUUGUGUUCUUGUGGUACUACCUUCCGGAAACCGCUGGACGUACCUACGAAGAGUUGGAUGAGAUGUUUAUGAAGGGCGUCCCUGCCAGGGACUUCAAGACCUACAAGUCUGAUGUGCAGACCAACGGAGAGGUUGUUCAGGCUGUGUACAAGUCUGAUGCGAAGCAAAACGUCGAUGAGGAGGAGGCUUAA